AUGCCACAAACCGCAAGUCCCAAUGCCUUAACGACUGUAUACCUGUUACAAUUUCGCUUCAAAGACAACAGCUACAGGCAAUCUCCUAUACUCAACUUGGCAACUAUUUACGACCGUCUUGUUAUCAAAUGUCAUGCUUCCAAUCGCCUUAUAGAUGAGGGCUACAUCUUACCAAGCAAGCUAAACCAAAAGAAGCACAAGGAUAGAAUCGCUCCUUACCCUAGCUAUUUUGAACCCAAAAGAAAGGCCAUCGCACUUGAUUGCGAGAUGGCAGGUGUCAGAAACGGUAAUGACGAGAUUAUAUCCAUCUGCGUUAUCGACUUCUUCACAGGCCAAGUCUUGAUCAAUUGUCUUGUCGAACCUCAUGAGCCCAUACUUGAAUGGCGAACCGACAUCCACGGGAUAGGGCCGGAAACAUUGGCAAUAGCUGCAUCUCAAGGUCAAGUGCUUCGUGGUUGGGAAGCAGCGCGACAAGAGCUUUUCAAGCAUAUCAACACAGAAACGAUCCUAGUCGGACAAUCUCUCUAUCACGAUUUAAAAGUGCUACGAAUAUCACAUGAAAAGAUCUUCGAUACUGCCAUUCAUACAGCAGAAAUGGUGUUUGGAACGGAUGCUGGUUUUGGCCGUCGAUGGAGUCUUCAGUCACUGUGUGUGGAUCUGUUAGGACUACGAAUCCGACAGAACUCCAGCACCCAUGAGGCAUUGGAAGACACGAUGGCGGCACGAGAGGUUGCGUUAUGGUGCCUGUCCUACCCUGGCAAGUUGGAGCAGUGGGCGAAGAUUGCCCGCGAGAAGUACGUUGCCGAGGGGUUGAAAAGGGCAAAGGCCAGGCAACAGAAGAAAGGAAAUGUACAGCGCUCACCGCGUGUUUGGGACGGUCAUAACGUUGAUUGUGGGUGUCAUUAUCAUUAUCGUUACGGUGGUGAUGAGGUCCUUCGGUGGGAGGAUGUAGUUGAUUGGGAAACGUGGCCAAAGUCGCCUUAA